CUUUCCCAUUCCAUCCUGGGUUCGUGUGAAUCUGAGUGCUUCAGUGCCCCAGAGGACGCAUUUUGUAGCACACAGCAAGGCAAGGGACUGUGUAUUCUUCCAUGCUGCGGUCUGCGGCACGCGGAUAUCGCCAACUGCCGCAAACUGUUACAAACUGUUACAAACUGUUACAAACUGUUGCUGGGAAAAGCAGGAGCCGUGAGCAUCUACAAUAACUUGCCUCUGAGUAAAGUCAUGUGACUCUGCUCUGUGAGUUCGAAAGGAAUAUUUAUUACUGAGUGAUCGAGUUUCAUCUCUUGUCCCUCGAGCUCACUUGAGGUGAAAUGUGUAGAUGAGUGGCUCGCACUGACAUCCUCACAGUUGCCAGGAGACAGUUUUCUGUGGUCCAUCACGAGCGUCCGAGAUGUCGGGAAGAGAAUUCUUCUGGGUGUUAAUCUUGUCAUCUUUGUGUCACAAGGGGGAAUCUUACCCACAGGGGCUCCCUUCUCCACAUGCCUGACAAUGUUUCCCAAGCACGGAGCGGUGGAGAAACAGCUCCUCCCAUCUCCGUUCUUCAUUUCACUCUCAUCUAACACAUAUACACCAGGUCAAGUCAUCACAGUGGAGUUGACCUCUACGAACGGCACGCUCUUCCGAGGUCUGCAGGUCAAAGCCACGAGGAGUCAGGGAAACUCGGAGAGGGCGGUGGGCAGUUUCAUGGUAUCCCAUGACAACAAGACGAAAGCUUUCACCUGUGACGGUAGCUACAAGAGUAUGGCGACCCAUGCCAACGCUGCGGAUGUCAAGCGAGUGGUACUGAAGUGGACUGCACCCAGAGAAAACAUAGGAGACAUCGUCUUCCUGGCAACUAUUGUUGAGAAAUUCGACACGAUUUGGUAUGGCAUCAAGUCGACUCUUAGAACAGCCAGUCCUUCAAAUUUGGUGGAGCAGAGCAAGCUUCCGGAGCUGAACAGCAGUAUGGAUGAUGUGGACUUCAGCUCCUGCGGGUCCGAGAAAUCGUGUUUCCUGUAUCCACGAUAUUGCAAGUCGUCUGACUGUCUCGCCGCGGCCUCCUUCCGGCACGUGGAUGACAUGUUCUUGCAGUUUGAGCUCAUGGCCAAAAAUGUUUCCUACAUUUCCAUCGGGUUUUCAGAGGAUGUGAAAAUGGGCGGCGACGAGACCAUCAGUUGCACUGCUGACGGCGGUGUGUUGUCUGUACAGCACGGCGCCAACCCCAAGCAGUUCAAUGACCGCAUGGUGCGGGACCAGCUCUCCAAUCUUCGAAUCAAGCAAGCCGAUGGAAUCAUCAUGUGUUCCUUUACUCGACCGGUCAUGGCGGUCACACGCACGGUCAACCAGUCAGCACCCGACUUGCAGUUUGUAGAGAAGGUCUUUGACCUCUCCAAAGAGUAUCACGUGAUGCUGGCUUGGGGAACAGUUAAGCUCGGAACGGACGUGAUAAACAAACACGUUGAUCUGCCAGUAGUGACCGACCGAAAGGUGAACUUUCAAGGGAAAGACAUUUACCGAGGCAGUUCUCUACCUCUUGAAGUCAGAGCACAUGCGGGGCUGAUGGCGUUAGCCUGGAUUGUGCUGGCUGGGAUAACCACGGCGAUGUCUCGCUAUUAUAAAGACUGGUUUGGCGAACGCCUCUUGUUAGGCACAAAAGUCUGGUUUCAGCUUCAUCGGGCUGCCGCUAUCUCGACUGUCCUAUUUGCGUCGAUUGGACUCAUCAUCAUUUUUGUUUACCUCAAUGGACUGGUCACGAAAGAGCUAAAUCACGUAGCAGUGGGCCUGACUGUAACCUCCUUGAUGGUGAUUCAAAUUAUUGGCGGUUUGGCGAGGCCGGACCCAAAGUCCUCCUGUCGGCCUGUUUUCAACUGGUUACACAGGAUCUCAGGGUUUAGUGCUCACAUCCUUUCAGCUGCAGCGAUGUACCUGGCGUUCAACAUCCGGUUCGUGUCUCGCGUGAUGCGAGACUUUGGUGUGGCCAUCCUGACGGGCUGGGUGGCUGUGCAGAUUGUGUGGACCAUCGUCUUCGAACUGAAACGCUGCUGUCCGCCAAAGACUACGGAUAAAAAUCGAGUUUUGUCGGUGAAAGAGGUGCUGAAGUCAGUAGACACCAUCCUGCUUGUCGCCUACUGCCUCUCGCUGCUUGUGGUAUGGGCCGCAACCAUCUCUUCUUUCAUCGUUUAUUGAAACUGUUGUCUCCCCUGAGUCGCUCUCACGAACUUUUGUGACAACUGGGAAAACGUGUCAUGAAAGACAAGAGCAAAUAAUAACUUCAGUGCUCAGGCUUUGGUCAAGUGUGUGGCAACAAAUCUUUGAUGUUUUGUGUUAAUAACAAAAAUCUUUCCACACCAACUAAGAUUCGCCCGCUCUGUGCACUUGAGGAAACGUGGUACCGUGUGUAGUAAGUGACGAAAGUUUACUUAUUAUGUGAAGAGUGGAAGGAAAGACGAGUAAAGUGCACGAGAAAGUAAUAAACUUUAUUGUCUACAUCA